AUGCUCAUGACGCAUGAUCUUACCUCAUUGUCGCUGAGCAUUAAUCGUAUCAAUUUGUUCACAGUUCAAGCCUCUCGAAAUAUGUAUUCGCCAGCACGUAAGGUGCGUGCUUCAAUACGACGAACAUUGUUUUUAAUUCUAACUGGCAUUCUUAGUGGCCUUCUACUAAUCGAAACAGUUCUUGAGUUUGGCCAGCAAAUGACGAAAACUUCCUAUGAACCAACACGAAGUGCUGGUUUAAUGUUAAAUCGUUCUCAAAUGUUGUUAGCAAAAGAAGUUAUACUUGAACCAUUUCUGUACCCUUGUAAAGCGAACUUGAAGUCUGCCACACCCUCGUAUCCGCUCUAUAUUAUCAUCAAAACAAGAGCUGUUUCAUCUGGUACAUAUUUCCAACGACGAAUAUUUACGAGAUCUAGUUGGGGUCAAGAAGCACGUACACUUGGAAUUCCCGUUAUCUAUGCCAUUGGAAAACCAAAAGAUGCUUACACACAAGUAAUGCUCGAACGGGAAAACAAGAAUUACGGGGACUUAUUACAAUUGAAUUACAUAGAUGCGUAUUAUAAUAUAACCAUAAAAUCAACUGGAAUCCUCAAUUGGUUUGCAUCACGCGGUUGUGAACAUGUAACACCUUAUUUAUUUGUUGUCGAUGACGAUGUCUUACUAAAUCUUCCACCAUUGUUGAGUAUGAUAUCCAAUCAUACGUUCAACUUCAAUACGAUCUAUGGUUUAUAUCUUGCCGAUAUUGAGCCGCAUCCAAGUGGUAAAUGGGCAGUUAGUUUAACAGAUUUUCCCAAUCGAACUUAUCCAACAUUCAUUAUUGGUGCUUCAACAUUAUAUCCUGCCAUAGUUGUACCCAAAUUAGUGGAUAGUGUCUUUAAUUUAGUUGAAAAAAGUCAACCAAUUUUCUUCUUGGAUGACGUUCUUUUUAGUGGAAUUCUCGCUGAACAAUUAGGUAUUCAACGUGCGCCGAUGAAUGGUAUUGAAGAUUGUUCUUACACAGAUUUAUUUUCGCGUGUCAUCAUCACGGAAUGUAGUAAUCUGCGACGUUUAUAUAUCUGGUCGAAAUUUAUUCUCUCAAGACUCGGACAAGAUACAUAUGAAGUUGACCGUUUGAUUAGCAAGACAAGUUACACAAAAUGGCGUGGCGAUUUCGUGCAAAUGCGAAAUGGCACAGCGAUUAUUCAACCAAGUGAAUUCGAUCAAUCGACAUUGAAUGUUUUCUUUGGCUAUCAUUUCAAUAUAUCGUUUCUUGCAUUAUUAAUUCUAAUUUUUGUAUUUAUUUCUAUUUUUAUAUCCAAAUUACUUCCAACUGGACAAAUCAAUCAAAAACUACCGUCAGUUUCAUCAGCAUCUCCCAGAGCAAGUUUGUUGACUCCUAUUAAAUAA